AUGGCAGACUAUGUCGAUCACAUAUACCCGCUUGUCCCUGUUGUUCACCUACCAACCUUCCGUAACGACUUAGCAUCAAAUAAAGAUGUCACCGACCUCGACACUCUACUGCUAUUUGUAUCAAUAGCUUCGUUGACCGUGGGCUUGCUGCCAUCAAAGUUUGACAGUUAUCACGCCCUGGCCGCUCGCUUUGGCACUCGCACGGCCAUGAUCAGCCACUGCUCUCAGAUGUGCAUUCGUCUUCGGCCUGCGGAUUACUGGGAUCAUAUCAGCCAUCGAAAGUGGGCUGCGGCAUAUUGCCUCUCGAUCGGAGCGUUCCAAGUUGGACAGAUCAACCAAAGCCGCAUGUUUGAAGCGGAGUCGAUGCAGAUUGCGAGACUAUUAGGCAUGCAUCUUGUAUCCGAAUACGAGGGACUGAAUCCGAUUGAGACUCAACUACGGAAGAAAUCAUUCUGGCUACAGCUAUACACUUUCGCACACUCCAAGAUACAACCUGGCAGAUGCAAUUACUUGACAUAUCUCGACAACUAUACCAUUCGAGAUGUCAAUUUUGCUGCAUUGGAGCCUCUCAACAUCGUCGACGAGAACAUAACCGAGACAGGAAUCGUCGGCCAGCUUCCAUCAACACCAUCCGUAGGGCUACCAAACAACACUGACUCAGCAGAUGAUGCCCCAUUUCACUCCACUACAGUGUUCAUCAUGGCAUCUCGCGCAUUUCUUUUGGGUAUGCGAGAGUCCAUGGUCAAUGAUGGUUGCAACUGCGGGUUUGGUAGGUCCCCGGAGGAGCGUCUGUCGAAGCUAAGAAAUCUUCUUGAUCAACUGCGGUAUAUACUUGAUGGUUUGCCCACGCACAUGCGCCAAUGGGGACCGGAGGAUAACUACCAACCCUUCGACAGCAGUGAUAGGCGGCAAGGCGCUUUUACCGAAUCUCAUAUCGAGCAUUUGCAGAACGAAAGCACCAGAGCCAACUUGCACGUCAGCCACUUGUGGCUUCAGAACUUCCUCCUCGACAAGAUGGACGUCGCUUUGCAAGAGAUGAAGGACCGAGAGGGAGAUGAUUCAUAUAUUACAACGCAGCUAAAGCAAAACUGGAGGGACCGAGAAGAUGUAGCCCGACAGCUACUUCACAUCCUCCAUAGCAUUCCGCACGCUUACCUAGAGCCCAACGGUCUAUAUCUCAUCUACAAAGUGCGCAGCAUCGCCAGUUCCCUUCUUAACUGUCCAUUUGAGAUGGAGAGACAACUCUCCCGUCGGGUUUCGGAGUACAUCCAGGAGUUCACAAAAGUGCUGUCAUACCUCGAUCGGAGCGAGAUCGUGAACACCGACGGGUUGAGGAGUUGGAUAGACGAGGGCCAGCAUAUGAAUUCUGAUAGUUAG